AUGAGUUCAUCAUCAGCAACCAACUCAUCUUUAUCAUCAUUUUCUGAUGAAUGUGAAACAAACUUACCAGAAUCAUCACCACCACCACCCCCGCUACCACCUGCAUUACCAACUAAUACAACAACGAAUGAAUGCGUUGGCGGAAAAAAACUUGUACAUAAAAUCGAGCCUAUAUUCAAUAAUGAUACAUCUAAAAUGCGUAUAUUUCUCGAGGAUGGAUCUCUUGGUGAAUAUUCGAUUGAAGAUUUAACAAUAGCUGAAGAAUUAGUAGAAAAAAUAUCUUUACGUCAUAGUCUUGGUUCAGAUAUGCGUCGAUAUCGAUUAACAUUAAGUGAAGCACAAGAUGCUUCAUGGAGAUCAAUUCGAUAUAUUCGACCGCAACAGAAAUUGAAAGAAGUUUCUCAAUGGCCAUGUAUGACAACUACUACAAUAUGUACAUUACGCGUUGUUAUUGUUCCUUCUCAAGCUGAAUUAUUAGCUGAUACAGAACCUGUUACAUUUACUUAUUUAUAUAGACAAAGUAUCAAUGAUUAUGUUCGAGAACGAGCUGGAAGUGAAAUGAGUGUUGAUAUUGCUGUACAAUUAACAGCUCUUCUUAUACUUGAUGAAUCAUUAUGUACUGGUGUUCGAACUAAUAUUCUUGUCAAACUAAAAGAUAGACGAUCAUGGUUAUUAAAACAAUUAUUACCACGUUCAUUACUUGAUCAAUUUUCUUUAAAACAAUUAAUUCAUCGUAUACGAAAUCAUCUUCAUAAUAAUCAUAAUACAACUCAAUUAUGUGUAGCAAAACAAUUUAUACGUAUAUUUGCUGAAAAUACACGAUCAUUCGCGGGGAAAUUAUUUCCUGUUAAAUUUCCGGAUAAACAUCGAGAUUCAAUUCUACUUGUGGGUUCUCGAUAUCCAGUAGCCAUUAUUGAUCAAGCAAGACGAAUUAAUUCGCCUGUAAUAACUCUUGUUUCUACUUGGUCACAUUUAUCUCGUGUUAUUGUAAAACAAUAUCGAAAUGGUGUAGCUAUUCGUUUGUUAACAUGUCCUCAAAGAACAAAUACAACAACAUUAGAUGAUUCAUCUCUUCUUCAACAAGAAAUUUCAUUUUUAAUUCAUACAAAUCUACUUAAUGAUUUAAUGGCAUUUAUUGAAGGUUAUUCACAAUUAGAAUCAUCAAAUAUUCCAUUAGCUAUUGAACGUAUAUCUCAUAUAAGCAAAUCACCAACAUCUAUUACAAAUAAAUCUAAAAUAACUAAUUCAUUGGAUGAUAUUCAAAAUGAAUCAUCAUCAUCAUGUCGAUCACCAUUUGUACAACGUAUAUUAAGUAAUAAAAAAUAUCAUCAAACAUAUACAUUAACAAGACAUAAGCACUCUCCACCAACUAGUCCAUCAUUAUUUGACUUAACACGACAGUUUUUUACACGUAAUCCAGCUAAAACAUUUGAUAUGGAUGAACGAGAAACUGUUUCAAAUGUACCUAAUCGUACAACACUUGUGACAUGGCGUUCAAUAGCUGAUAAUCAUACAUCAACACCACCACCUCCACCUGUUCUUUAUCGAACUGUUAUCGAUGUUAAACAUACAGAACCAAUGACAUCUGUAACUGAUGAUGAUGAUGAUGAUGAUGACGAUCAACAUCCUGAUGUAAUUGAUCUAACAACAUCGUAUGGUUAUUAUGGUUCUCUUAGUUUUCCUAUUCGACCUCCAUCACCAUUUACUGAUGGUCUUAUUUGGACAGAAAUGGCAAAUCAAUGUAAUAAAGAUGAAGAUCCAAAUGGUAUUGUUAUGUGGUCACCAUCAACAAAACAAUUAACUGUUCAUUAUAAUACAAAUAAUAAUAAUAAUAAUAAUAAUAUUUCUCAUUCACGUAUAACCGGAACAUGGAAACGAACAUUGGAUAGAAUUCUUAAACGAACGAAAUCAAAAAAAGAUAUUACAAUAGAUUCGUAUGAUUUAGAUACUGUCGAUGGUUCAGUGACAUCAUAUCAUCAAAAUAAACAUGUUCAUUGGAUUGAUGAUAAUAAUAAUAAUGAUGAUACUAUAUUAAAAUGUUGUCAUCGUUUUGUUGAACAUUUAAAAAUCUUCAUAUAUAAUAUUAUGAAUGAUAAAAAUGAAGAAAUUUAUUUAAAAAAUUGUCAGAUGUCUCUCGAUGAACUUAACAAAUUAACGGAUUGUUCUGAAUUAAAACAAGCAUUUGAAUAUACAAUUCAAUUAGCUAAUAAACAGGAGAAACAUCGAUUACUUCAACAACAAACAUUUAUUGCACAUUUAAUCUCUCGUACUGUACUUUCUUGUUGA